AUGAAGAGUGUGGAAAAAGUGAUGGAUGUUUAUUUGGAUAACUUAAUUUCCAGUAGCUUGGUAAUUCCUUUCAAUGAGAUAGGUGAUGACCCGACUCUCCAACUUCAUGAUCUUGUGCAUGACUUUUGUUUGAUAAAAGCAACAAAGGAAAAGUUUUUUGAACAGCUAAGUUCAAGUGCUCCAUCUUCUUCUUCAGAUUUGAUGCCACGUAUAGUGACCAUUGAUUAUAACAUUGAGUUAUUGGAGUUCAACGAUUUUUUCUUGUUCGGUUCAAAUAAGAAAAGGCAUUCUUGUAAACACCUCUAUUCCUUGUAUAUAACUGGAGAUGAGCUGGACGAUCGUCUCUCUGAUAUAUGUCACUUAAGACACUUGAGGCUUCUCAGAGUGUUGAACCUGGAUCCUUCUAUCAUUGGGAAUAAUUUUUUGCUGAAUGAAAUAUGCAUGUUGAAUCAUUUGAGGUGCUUAUGCAUUGGGACAGAAGUUAAAUCUCUGCCUUUGUCGUUCUCAAACCUCUGGAAUCUGGAAAUCCUGGGGGUGUCUAAUGAAGGAUCAACCUUGGUACUAUUACCGAGAAUUUGGGAUCUUAUAAAGUUGCGAGUGCUGGCCAUGAGUCCUUGUUCUUUCUUUGAUUUGGAUGCAGAUGAACCAAUACUGAUAGCAGAGGACACAAAGUUAGAGAGCUUGAGAAAGUUAGGGAAUUGCAAGCUUUCCUAUUCAAAAGACAGAGAGGAUAUUUUUGAAAGGUUUCCCAAUCUUCAAGAUCUUAGAUUUGAUCUCAAGGAAUCAUGGGAUUAUUCAACAGAGCAAUAUUGGCUCCCGAAAUUGGAUUUCCUAACUGAACUAGAAUCCCUCAAUGUAGUUUUUGAAAGUUCAAAUACAAAUGACAGGUCGCCCUCUGUAGGGACAAACCAACCAUGGGAUUUUCACUUCCCUUCGAGUUUGAAACAAUUGCGGUUGUUUGACUUUCCUCUAACAUCCGAUGCUCUAUCAACAAUAGUGAGACUCCCUAACCUUGAAGAGUUGUCCCUUUAUGAUACAAUCAUUCAGGGGGUAGAAUGGAACAUGGGUGAGGAAGACACCUUUGAGAAUCUCAAAUUUUUGAAGUUGUUUGGAGUGACUCUUGCCAAGGGGGAGGUUGGAGAGGAAUCCUUUCCCGUUCUUGAGAAAUUAGUACUGUGGGGCUGUUCUGAGCUUGAGGAGAUUCCACCUUGUUUUGGUGAUAUUUAUUCAUUAAAAAUUAUCAAAGUUGUAAAUAACCAUCAACUUAAAGAUUCCGCUAUGAUGAUUAAGCAAUAUGUUGAAGAUACUAGGGGAGAAGACAAGCUUCAGGUCUUGUGAA